GGCAUAUCCUUGCUUAAUGUAACACCUAUGUGGGGCAGUAUGGUUACGAUAGAGUUCUUAUACACGUAGGUCAACUUUGAGCUCAUUACACUAAGAUAUCUAGACAGGUGGAAAGUGCCGUAGCGAUCAAGACUACCCCUGAGAUUUAGAAAAAUAUAUACACGGAGAUAUGGAUUUCCACUGUUUCUGGAAAGUACUGUUUACAUUGUACUUGUUGAACUCCAUGCUAGGCUGUGAUGUUGAUGCAAUAGGUUUGGGCAGUAUCCCGCAUGACGUCACUGAAAACAAGUCGAGCCUGAAUCGGAGCCACGCAGACUCCACCAACAACGUCAGCACCUGCUUGACUCUUGAACGUGAUGGUACCCUGAUCUGCAACAACAUUACUCAUGGCAGCACAAACAAUGACAGCAUCAAUCCGGACCUCGGCUACACGUAUCAGGUCGACCACUUGGGUAAGGUGAUCAGCAUCUGCUUCAAUUUCACUAUCCUCGAGUUGAUUGGAGAUAGCUACUACAACGUGCAAUUAAAUGUGACCAUCACCGAAACAAACGAUAGCGAGCUGAACCUGGUCUUGGCCUCUGACACCGAUGAGAUGAGGGUCUACAUCCUGUUUCAGACUAUCUAUGAACCUAACGGCAACAUCCACCGUCGUUAUAACGAAACAGCAGUUACUCUGGCCGGAAAUUUCGAGAAGUUCCGCAUCGGUCAGAAAGACGCUCGAGCCUUCACUUUAAAACAAUGUGACAGAAAAGGAAACUGUAUUCAUUUGAAUGAAAAUGCAACGAUCAGACAUCCCGAUGACACAACGAUUCAUUAUCUUGUUAUUAUCGGUGCGCUAGUUGUUGUGAACCUCCUCGGUGCUGUGAUAAUACUUAUACUAGCAAGUGGUCGAAGGCAAGCUAACCAACAGCAACAGAUGGAAGACGUCUCUGUGUGUAACUGUUGUAUCCUUAAUGUUAGAAUAUAAGCUUGAUCGUGGUAAACAUUGUCCAGGUUGUUACAUUUAUUUUAAAAAAUUUAAUUUUUUUUUAACGAAAUCACCAAACCCCUAUGAUUGUUUUAGUCAUUUUAGUAUUCCACUAAUAUUCUGUAAAAUGACAAUGUUUAUUUUCAAAUGUUUUAUCUAAAACUUUUCAUACGUUCUAUUUUAAAUAUGACUAAACAAAUCAUGUAACUUUAAUUUAUUUUGAAAAAAAUAAUAAUUUGGUUAUCAGAGAAAACUGCAGUUAUCGGGAUUAUAUGCUUAUAAUAUAAAAUUUAAAAAUAAAAUUAAGUUUAGCAUAAAUGUUAGAUACCUUUUUUUUUACUACAUUUGGUUUCGUCUACUACACUGCUUUGUCAAGAGGUGCUUUUUCCACAAGUGGUUAGAACAUAGAAUUGGUUACAGCAGGGUGUGGUUUCCUCACAAUGGGGUUUCUCCACAAUUUGUCUAAUGUACAAUUUUGGGAGAAUUAUUUUUCUCGCGUCACUAUGUCGGUGGCUAUAUUUUCGAAACCUCUGAUGGUUUUUUUUUAAAUUUGAAUUAUCACUUUUAGGUAAUUCAUAGUUCUCAAAUUAUUUUUGUUUUAAUUCAGGGCUUUCUUAUCUUUUCUUGUCUAAAUUGUUUUUCAAGAAACAACUGGAUCUUGUGAGAUGAGCAUUAAAGAUUCGACAUUUACCUUUAUAAAUACCUACAAUUAUCAGUACAGUCAAACACCAACACUUUCUCACUAAUACACAAUUCUAGAAACCAAACAGACACACAUAAUCAGACUCAUGUUUCGUGGAAUUUUUAAAAUUUUCUUUUGACGGUUUCACCUACAGUAAUAGAAAUAAUGGUGUCAACACCUUAAAUUGAAAUCCAUUGAAAGUUUGUAUUAAAUCACUGUACUUAAAGCUGUAUGCUAAUCAAAACAUGUUGUCGAAUUAUGUUAGUAUCUCUUAAAUAAAUUAA